GGAGGAGUGAGUCCCCUCCUCCCCGCCCCGCCUUGCCUUGGUUUUACCCGGCUCCCGGAACGUUGGGCGCGCGGAACCUCGGUACCGGAAGGCGAGCGCGGCGGACCCGGAGAGCGAUGGAGCUGGCGCGCGGGCCCCCGGCCGCUGCCGACCCACCUGAGGAGGAGGAGGCGGGGGCGGCCAUGGCAGCUCUGGCGGGGGGUGCAGGCCCGGCCGUCCUGCAGGUGGCCGGCCUCUACCGGGGUCUCUGCACCGUGCGCAGCCGCGCCCCAGGCCUGGGGCUCGUGUCACCCGCGCAGUUGCGCGUGUUCCCGGUGCGCCGCGGCUCGGACCGGCCCACAGGGGACUCCGAUGGCAGCGGGGUCGGGGCCGAGCUCGAAUCCAACCCCUUUUACGACCGCUACCGUGACAAGAUCCAGCAGCUGCGCAGGUCUGACCCAGCUGCUUUUGAGUCCCGCCUGGAAAAGCGCAGUGAGCUUUGGAAGCAGCCAGUGGGGCACUCCAAGCAAGGAGACUUCAUCAAAUGUGUGGAGCAGAAGACAGACGCCUUGGGGAAACAAUCUAUGAGCAGAGGAUUCACUAAGGACAAGACUCUCAGUUCAAUCUUUAACAUUGAAAUGGUGAAAGACAAAACUGCAGAAGAAAUAAAACAGAUUUGGCAGCAGUAUUUUGCAUCAAAAGAUACAGUCUACGCAGUUAUUCCUGAGGAGAAGUUUGAUUUGAUCUGGAACCGGGCUCAGUCCUGUCCAACGUUUCUGUGUGCACUACCAAGAAGGGAAGGUUAUGAGUUUUUUGUAGGACAAUGGACAGGUACUGAACUCCACUUCACUGCACUUAUCAAUAUUCAGACCCGUGGAGAAGCUGCAGCCAGCCAGCUGAUUUUAUACCACUACCCUGAACUUAAGGAAGAAAAGGGCAUAGUGCUGAUGACAGCAGAAAUGGACUCCACAUUUCUGAAUGUUGCUGAGGCACAGUGCAUUGCCAACCAAGUUCAGCUCUUUUAUGCCACUGAUCGGAAAGAAACCUACGGAUUAGUGGAGACCUUUAACCUCAGACCAAAUGAGUUCAAAUAUAUGUCUGUCAUCGCUGAAUUGGAGCAAAGCGGACUUGGAGCAGAACUAAAAUGUGCCCGGAACCAGGAUAAGACUUAGAGCUGUAAGAGUUAGUACCAGGAUAGUCUAGAGCCCAUCCCCUUGAACUCCAGAGAGCUCAGCUUAUAACCCUGAGCAGUCCAUAAUGAGUUGCCCUGAGUGCUUAUUGCAAGAAGUAAUUGUGGAGGUGAGCCCUAUUACUUGAUAUUCAGUCACAGUGGUAACCAAACAUUCUAAUAAUUAUCUCCCAGCAUACUUGAGGUUUCCUUUUAAGAGUUUGAAGUCAUAACAAGAGACAGCCAAGGAUUCACAUCAAGGAUGGUUGACUUGAAUUUACACAUUGUAGCAGUGUAGUUGCAUUCUAGCCAUUUGUCCUCACAGCUCCCAUAUGAUCAGCUUUUCAUCUUUAGGAACUUGUAAUAGGAUAAUGAUCUUGGAGACCUGCUGUAGUUAGAUGUGGCUUUUACAUACUUUUCCCAUACAUUAGUUGACCAGCCAAAGACAACCCAGAUAUCCUUGUUUAGACCCUAGAACAACCAGAGAUUCACAUCAGGGUAAAGACUUCAUCCAGAGUUGCCUUUAGUAUAGCUGGUUUGUGGAGGUAUUUCAAGUUUAGUUGGAUACACAGGUAUAGUAUCUACAUAUUACUAAACCAUAGUUCAAGGCACUUGCUUCUCCAACUCUGCCUGUUAGAAGCUAUGUAUUUGAAGGUGGUGAAUCAAAGCAGUGUAAAUAAAUUAGCACUCUAAUAAGAUCAAUCCAUAUUUGCAUGAUUUUUUAAAAAAAAACUCUAAGUAGUGCCAGUAUUAUAUGAAAAAGUGGAUGGAAGCAAAUGUUCCUAGAUGGGCUGUAGGAAAAAUAUAGCAAUAAAAUAAAGUUCGGCUUACAAUCUUUGUUACACAAAAUAGUGAAACCUCAGCUAUGUGUUUGUGCUGUCCGUGGAGUCACUGCUCUGGGUUGAUUUCAUCAAAACUAGUCUUAGGACUCAGAGCAGUUACUUACAAUGCAAAAAAAAAAAAAAAAAAAACAAGGAGCUGUCUAGCUGUCUAGUGUUGGAAAUCCACAUUUGGUUUGUAUUGUUGCUGUUGUUGUGGCGCCAAGCUCAAUGAGAGAAGAGGCUAGCUAUGUUCCAGCCUUCUGAAUCCAAGGCUCCAGGUGCCCACCAGGAUCGCUGUCUCCUUCCUUUACUGUGCCUUUCUUUUUCUUGAUCUAACAUGCUGUGCUCUGUCUGCUGCUCCUUCCUAAGCUCUGGUUGGAUGACACUGAAUAUGGUGAGUGGCAAUUUAACCAGUAUUUGUAGUUCAUGUGUGUAUGUUUGUUUUUUUCACUACAGAAGACAGUUUAUAGGUUGAGCUUGUUCCCAAGCUCUUUAAAAUUGGAUUGGACUUCCUAUUAUUUUCUGAGCUGUGUCUAUUUUGUACUUCUGAGUCUGUGUGUAGAGAAAGACAAUGUGUACUUAACCUGGAGAAGCUGCUAGCCUUUCACAGUUUCUCUAAAGCUUGAGCUGCUUCCUCAUACAAAUUCUGGACCUGUGUCUGGUUCUCUAGGUUUUGAGAAACUUAGGUCUUAUCAGCCCUGCCAUCUUCCUUAGAUGCUAUGACCUUCUUGAUGUUUUAAGGACCAUGAAUAUUUGCAUCAGUUGGGGUUGUUUUCAUGGGUAUUCCAUUCUGUUUGCUUUUCUUUCCAGAUGGACCCAAUUCUUAGCCAUAGUACAUUUUCCUUACACCUCCACCAGAGGGUGAAAAAAAUGAAGGAAAAGGAAGUAAGAAAUGCCUGUUCAUUUUAUUGUUCUUCCCAGCUUUGCCCUAAAUCCCCACCUGCCAAAGAAGGAUGAGUCUAUGGAUAAGUAUGGAGAACAUGACCAAAGUACCAUCUGGCUGUUCUUUAUGUUUACCUAAAGAGACUUUGCAAGGAACUAAAAGAAAAUUGUAGCAUUUAAUCAAGUAAAUUUGUCCCCUGGUACCAACAUGAUAUUAUGGAUAAUGAACAGGCUUUCGAGUUAAGUGAAUCUGGGUUCAAAUGUCAGUGUUGUUAUUCAUGAGCUCUAAAACACGUUACUUAAACUCUCUGUCUCUUCAUUUGUAAAAUAAGGAUAAUAUCUACCUCAUAGACUAUUGUGAAAAUUAAAUUAACUUACAUAAAGACCACAGUAGAGCUUAAUAAAUAUCAACUCCCUUCUUCUCCCUGCACUGCCCUCCCAUUAAAGACCAACACAGAUUAGAAUUUUAGAUGUGCAGAUCACUCUCCAUUCCAUUUUAAAGAACAGACUUUAUCUUAUAGGUUCUCAGACUUUAAUAUGCAGUAGAAUCACCUAGAACACUUUUAAAAUGCAGAUUUUCAGGCAUCACCCUGAACCUACUAAAUCAGAAUCUUUGUAAAAGAUGAUGGAAAGCUGCAUUUUAAUGUGCACUCCAGAUGAUUGUGGUGUGGGUAAUUAGCCAGCCACACUGAGAAUCAUUGCCUUGUCUUUUCUUCACAAAAAUAGCUGUUGUCCAGGUGUUUCCUGUGGGCAUUAACCAUAGGAUUUAGGUGCCUCUGCUCUGCGCCUCCCAUAGUGGCCCCCCCUUUGCAUAAUGUAGCUACAUUAUGUUUAAUUAUUUAUGUGUCUCCCUUCCACUAGACUGUGAGCUCUUUGAGAGCCAGAAUUUAUUUCCAUUUCCAGCACCAAGGAUAUGGCCUGAAACAGAGAAGAUGCUCAAUUGUUUGUUGAAUAAAUAAAUGACAUGGA